AUGCACAAGAUCCGACGCUUCAAGAUACACACAUCGCAACUAAUGUUUCACGCGUUAUAGCCGUAGAGGCAACAGCGGGCAGCGGCAGUAAUCCUUCUGCCGGCCGGUGCACUGCGUGCAUGUGAGCGCUCACCCGUGCAGCAGCAGCUGCAACUAACUCAGCUUCCUUUCUAUAAAGAUCCGACACGAAUCAAGAGCAGCCGCACUUACAAGUGAAGAAGGAGAUCGAUCACUCAGAGAAGCUGUGAGCAGAGUGUACAGAGCCACAGAGGCAGUGAUGGACUGGUACGCGUGGCUGUCCAAGGCGGGGCUGACGCCGGCGGCGACGUACGAGUACGGCCUGCUCUUCAGCGAGAACGAGCUGGAGCCGGCCGACGCGCCGGACUUCGACCACGACCUGCUCAAGAGCAUGGGCGUCGCCGUCGCCAAGCACCGCCUCGAGAUCCUCAAGCUCGCAAGGAAGGACGCCGCUGCUGCGGCCUCCGCCAACUCGCUGUCCUCCUCCGUGACCGCGCGGCUGGCGCGAAAGGCCGGCAAGUGCAUCGCCCGGUGCGCGCGCCGGCUCGCAGGCGGCGGGGGAAAAGCGUCGACGUCGGUCGUGCCGAGGAUCUGCAGCAGCGGCAGGGCGUCGACGACCGUCGUGCCGAGGAUCUGCAGCGGCAGCGACGACGUCGUUGUCCGCGCUGGCGCCUUACGCCAGCGGAAGAGGGGCGUGAAGAAGAUGGUGCUUAUGAUCACGGACAGCGGCGUUGCCACGGGAGCCGGUGGUCGUGUCCGGUUCUCGUCGGGGUCGUCGCAGAAGGCAAGCCUCAUGUUCCACGACUGCGCCUACGAGGAGGAUGAGGAGGAGGAAGACGCGAGCGGCGGCGAGGAGGAGCAGAGCUCCGACGGCGGCGCCGCCGCCGCCACCGGAAGAGGCGAGAUCAAGUGGGACUGCAUGUUCCAGGACCUCAAGCCGACGUGAGAAUUGCGUGACGAUCAACACCCUAGUUCAUCAGUUUCAGUCGAUCCAUCAUUCUGGCCAUCUCGUGUUUCUUGUUAAUGUUCUGUUCCUGCGAGUAUUACCUACCGCGCAGUAGAAACUAGAUUCAGAGUGAUCUGUCAAGAUUCCACAACUCCUAGAAUUACUAGUAAAAUCGUUUGAUCUGUCU